AUGGAAAACGGCGACGGUGAGGAACCAAAACCCCGUCUGACCGUUUCUACAGCGGAGGCGUCUUCCAGAGGCAGGGCAACGAGUGAAUCCUCUGUGCCUUCCGAAAACGAAAAUCCCUCUCGAAGCAAAAGCCCAUUAGCAACCACCACUCCACGUAAAUCUACGAGCACGUCGCUCGAAGUUCUACCGUCUGCACCAUCCACAAGGGCCGCGAAAUCAGUCGUGUCUUCCCAGGUCACUAGAGCAACUGAAAAAAGGGCUCAAGCUGAGGGAGACAAGGCUUUGGUGAAAUUCACGACCAUAACCGAUAGGAUGGGUCAGUUCGAAGCCAGAUUCAACACCCCGACUGACCAAGGUCCGUCCAUCCACACGAGUAGGGUUCGACUCGAGCAGAUCAGGGCUCUCUGGGACAAGGUGGAAAGGGAGUACGAGACGUGCUCCGAAGUGCUGGCCAGUCAAAACUGCAAAGACACAAUAACAGUCAUGCAAUCCAAGUAUGACUACUGUUAUACCGUUUACGAGCGGUGCGCAGCAAACCUCAAUGAGAUCAUUGAAAAUUCACGCGCGCCACAGUCUGUUCAGUCCUCCAAUCUAAUGCCGUCUCAGGGCGGAUGUCGCCUACCUCCAGUUGAGUGCGAAGUUUUCAAUGGUGACUAUGUUCAAUGGCCCACAUUUCGGGACCUUUUCUCCGCCAUCUAUGUACGCAAUCCUCGGCUUUCAGAAGUCGAAAAACUGUUCCAUCUCAAUGCAAAGACGAGCGGCGAGGCCAAAUCCAUUGUGGCCUUAUCUCCGUUGACCAAUGAUGGUUUUGAGUCAGCGUGGAGAAACUUGCAGAAUCGGUUCGAGAACAAGAGGCUGCUGGUCAAUAGCCAAUUAAAGAUCUUGUUUAAUUUGCCUUCUGUUGCCCAGGAAUGCGGAAAAUCCUUGAAGCAUUUAGAGAGCACAAUCCAAGGUUGUUUAACGGCCCUGCAAUUAGCAAGAGUCGAGACCACGAAUUGGGAUUGCCUGCUUGUUUUCCUGUGCUCGUCCAAGUUGCCAAAACUAACUUUGGCUCUGUGGGAACAGUCCCUGCUAAAUAAGUCAGAGAUUCCACUUUGGGCUGAAUUCCAGGCUUUCUUAAAAGAUCGUCAUCGAACGCUUGAGGCGAUUGAGGAGUUCAAGCCAAACGCGAGCGUUCAAUCCAGGGCACUGAGGGCUGAAAAUAGCUCGCGGUCGAUCCAGACCUUCGAAAACAGAGUUACGGUAAACCCGCAAUCCUGCAAACUCUGCGCACAGGAGAACCAUCCAGUCCGAUUAUGUCCUCUAUUCUUACGCAUGUCAGUCGCAGAUCGAGAGAAACAUGUAAAACAGCAGAAGUUGUGCUUAAACUGUUUCGCAAGAACGCAUCUGCUCCGGGAUUGCAACAGUACGCAUAAUUGCUACACCUGCAAUGGACGUCACAAUACUCUCCUGCAUCGAAGUACCCCUCUGCCAGUCCAUUCAGUGGUUAUGCCUGACCAGCAGUCCCAUCCAUCCACAGCAACCCAGCAACAGAUACAGUCCACUCCAUCGACGAGUCAAGCGAAUGUGCAAACGUUUCUUGCCGUUAACACGCAAGGGGUCCUACUGAGUACGGCAUUGAUAGAAGUUUGCCAUUUGGGCAUAAAAUACUCAGCACGGGCACUCAUUGACUCAGGUUCCGAGGCAACCUUCAUCUCAGAACGGUUGUUCAACCUAAUUAAGUUGCCAUAUGAGUCCAUUCAAGCCCAAGUUUCGGGGGUCAACCUUUCCGUUGCCGCUCAGCCUCGUAAGAGGUGUCAACUCAUCAUAGGUUCUUCCGUCAAGCCCCAUAUCCAGAUUGAAACUUGUGCAUACGUGUUACCCCAGUUAGCUGGUAAUCUCCCAUCCUACACUCUACCAGAGGCCUCAUUAAAGGAUCUUCCACCGUUGCAACUAGCAGAUCCAAAUUUCUUCCGAAGCUCGCAGAUUGACGUGCUUAUUGGUGCCGAUAUCCUGCCAUCGAUCCUCCUAAGCGGCUCCCAUUCCAAUAUUUGUGGAACACUCCUGGGUCAAGAGACCAUAUUCGGGUGGAUUCUUUGCGGUCCGAUUGCAGCGAGUCCCACAAGCAGAGUCUGCUCCUUUUCAGCCCGAUUAGCAGUCAAGGAAUCCAAACUAGACAGCAUCCUCAGAAAAUUUUGGGAGGUGGAGGAUGUUCCAGUGAAGCUGGUUAAGGAAUCCACCUCGGUUUGCGAGGAGAACUUUAUCCGAUCCACCAAAAGAAGUGAGGAUGGAAGAUAUGUUGUUUCGUUGCCCUUUAAAGAGCCGGACAAUAUUAAGCUUGGACAUUCCAGACCCAUCGCACUAGCUCAGUACCUCCGAAACGAAAUGCGAUUAAGUAAAGAUCUUCCAUUGAAGGAGCAGUACGACUCAGUCAUUCGAGAGUACUUAGACUUAGGUCAUAUGCACCAAGUCUCCCCUGACGACUCUAGCAGUUUUUAUCUGCCUCAUCACGCUGUCUUCAAACCAGAUAGCACCACGACGAAGGUUCGCGUCGUGUUCAACGCUUCCAAUCCCUCAUCAAACGGGAACAGCCUCAAUGAUAUCCUUCAUGCGGGGCCUGUACUACAGUCCGAUCUGACUAUUCAGAUUCUAAAAUGGCGUUUCUUUAAGUAUGUUUUCAAUGCGGACAUCACAAAGAUGUAUCGGCAAAUCCGGGUCAAUCCUGAUCACACGCGCUUUCAGAGAAUCUUAUUCCGCAACAAAUACGGUGAGCUCUGUGACUAUGAACUCGACACAGUCACCUUCGGCGUAAAUUGUGCGCCCUUCCUGGCCAUCAGAGUGCUUCAGCAGUUGGCUCAGGACAUCCGAGGCCAAUAUCCUUUGGCCAGCGACAUCAUUUCGAACUUCAUGUACGUGGACGAUGUGCUCGCAGGGGCUCACACUCAGCAGUCGGCAGUUUUAGCCAUUAAAGAGCUUCGGCUGGCUCUCGAGAGUGCCGGUUUUCCACUGCGCAAGUGGACCUCAAACGAAAGGAGACUCCUACAAGCGAUUCCGAGGGAACAUUUGGUCAGUGCAGACUUCCUUGAGCUGGAAGAUGCCAGCACGGCGAAAACUCUUGGGAUCCGUUGGCAAGCUACAUCCGAUAGUUUCUUUUUUGUUCCAAUGGUGAUCUCCCUGCAACCUGCCUACACCAAACGAGAGGUUUUGUCUCAAAUAGCCAAACUGUUCGACCCGGCAGGGUGGUUAUCGCCUUUCGUAAUCCGAGCCAAGAUUUUCAUGCAGGAAAUUUGGCUACGGGAGCUAGGCUGGGAUCAGCCACUCCCCACCGACCUUGUGACCAAGUGGCAAGAGUUUUUGAAAGGGUAUCCGACCCUGAGGGAAAUUCGUAUUCCGAGGUGGGUGCGUUUCCAUCCUGCUGCCAAGGUGCAGUACCAUGCGUUUUGCGAUGCGUCACAGGACGCGUAUGGGGCUGCUAUUUUCGUCCGAGUCGAAACGGCUGACGGCUGUUGUGCCCAUUUGCUGGCAUCCAAGACCAGAGUCGCUCCCGUCAGGUCCAUCUCCAUACCCCGCCUGGAGUUGUGCGGAGCAGUGCUGCUCACUGAGCUAGCAGCAUCAGUAAUUUCCGAAUUGCCUCCUAAAGCUUAUGAGAUUUUUUAUUGGACAGACUCUACUAUAGUUCUUGCAUGGCUAGGCAAGCCAGCAUGCACCUGGACGACAUUCGUGGCCAACAGGGUCGCAAAGAUCGAACAGCGCACCAACGAAAGCAAAUGGGGCCAUGUACGAUCCGAAGACAAUCCAGCUGAUCUGGCAAGCCGAGGCGUCUCGCCCCAAGAGCUUAAGGACAGCACACUUUGGUGGCACGGGCCGGCUUGGCUGCCACUCAAGCAGGAGCAGUGGCCGAGUGAACCACUGGUUAAUCCGGAAACCGAGAUGGAGCAACGGCCUAUCAAAUGUCACAGUGCCACAGUGCCGCCAGCAGUGGAUAUCCUAGAGCGUUUUUCAACCUUCGACAGGGCGCUGCGGGUUCUAGCAUACGUGAUCCGUUUUGCGAAAAAUUGCAAAAAGGAAGACAUACCCCCAUCGGCAGCACUCACUUCGGCGGAGUUGUCCGACGUGCAAGAGCGAUUAAUCGUGUUCACUCAAAAGAACGAGUUCCCCGUCGAAUAUAAGGCUUUAAGUAACAAGCAGCAAAUUCCAUCCUCAAGCAUGGAUUUCGCGGGGCCAUUUGACAUCAAGAGUUAUGUCGGUCGAGGCUGCAAAGUCACAAAGGGGUACGUCUGCGUUUUUGUUUGCUUUAGUACCAGGGCCAUCCAUCUCGGAGCGACGUCCGACUUGACGACAGAGAAAUUUUUAGCUGCCUUCUCUCGUUUUUCUGCUCGCCGUGGGUGUCCACAACAUGUCUACUCUGACAACGGGAAAACGUUCGUCGGAGCCUCCACGUCCUUAUCCAGAGACUUUAUGGAAUCAACCAGAACACUGAUCCUCUCCAAACACAGCCUUCAGAACUUGGACUGGCAUUUCAACCCUCCUGGCGCGCCUCACAUGGGAGGGCUCUGGGAGGCGGGUGUGAAAAGUUUCAAGGCUCACUUCUACAAGUACACAGCAGCAGGGAAGUACACCUUCGAAGAACUGGCUACCCUCCUUGCGAAAAUUGAGGCCUGUUUAAACUCCAGGCCUAUUUCACCAAUGUCCGAAGAUCCCACUGACCUUGUGGCUCUUAGCCCCGGACAUUUUCUAAUUGGUGGACCACUUCUUGCGGUAUCGGAGCCUCUGAUUGAGGAAAAUCCUAUUUCCAUCAUCAAUCGGUGGCGGAGGUUGAAGGCCCUGCAUCAGCAGUUCUGUGUGCGUUGGAAGGAGGAAUAUCUGAAGGAGCUCCACAAAAGGAACAAAUGGAAGUUCCCAUCACGAGAUCUCCAAGCGGGAGACAUGGUUGUGAUCAAGGAGGAGAGCUUGCCAGCCAACGAAUGGCGGCUUGGGCGUAUCCAGUUGGUAUAUCCGGGCGCCGACGGCAAGAUCCGUGUAUACAAUGGCUCCAACGACCCACCAAAAUCCUCGUCGCUCAUCCGGGAGCAAUGUAUACAGAUGUCGAGUCUGCAGGGGAGUCCACGCACUGAGGGUUUGCCGACGGUUUCUCCAACUGCCGGCUGUGAAGCGGCUCCGCGCGGUACUCAUUAA